AUCAGGAUCAGUGCGACUCAUUCGUUUGUCUCUAAUUGGAUGAAGAGUCGAGCUAAUAUAACUGAGAGUAAAAUUCAAACUAAGUGCAAUUAUGAGUCAGCAUUAAGUCACAGAACGACAAAAAAAUUAAUUAUCAAUUCCAAACAAAAAAUGGCAUCGAUUCCUCACACUGUUCUGACAUCUGACAAAGUUAAUCCAGCAGAAGAAAUCUCAAAAGAUGGCCUCUAUCAGCCGUGCGAUGUUACUUUGGUGGUCAAAGAUGGCGAGUUCAAAGCUCACAGAAAAGCUCUUUCGGAGGCGAGUCCUUUCUUUGAAAAGCUGCUGAACAGCGACAUGAAGGAGUCCAAAGAAGGAGUGGUUCGCUUAGAGAUGUUUACCGAAUCUGUUAUGAGAAACACAUUGGAGUUUAUUUACACCGGUAAUGUACAGAUACUGGAUGAAGAUGAUGCCAGAGACUUGGUUGUGAUGGCAGAUUAUUUGUUUAUUCAAAAGCUGAAGACCCUAGCUACGCAGAUUCUGGUACAGAAAUUGAAUACUUCAAAUUGUAUUUCAAUCCUCCGUUUUGCUUGCGAAUAUCACUGUGAGGAACUUUUAUGCAAGACCAAAAAGUCAAUCCUUGCAAAUUUCAAUGUAUUGCUCUCUACGAAGUGUGAAGAUGUUUUGAAAAUGUCGAGAGAGGAACUUGCAAUGUUGAUUUCAAGCGAUGAGCUACAUGUUAGCGCCGAGGAAGAUGUGUUAAAUACCAUUCUAGCCUGGAUUAAUCACGACAAAAACAAACGAAAACAUCAUUUUCCCGAGUUAUUUCGUUACGUUCGACUGGUUUACAUAUCGCGUGACUUUCUAUUCAGUGAUGUCGUGACAAAUGAUUUGGUAAGAGACAAUGAAGACUGUAUCGAGCUCGUGGAAAAGGCUGUCGAGUUAAUUGACUAUAAAAGUUUCGAUACUCUUCGUCACAAGCCCAGAAAGUCUCUUGAGACCCCUGUUUUGGUCACCUACUCUAGGAACGGAGAUUAUUUCACGAUUGUCGGUUAUUUUCCUCGUGAGGAUCGGUGGCGCAAGUUUGAUGAAAUUCCAGUAUACUUAAUCAACUGGAAACGUGUUUUCUUCCUUCGUGAUAACUUGUAUAUUAAAAAAAGAGUCGAGCUAGUCCCGUAUCAUCAUGAAUCCUGGAGACUUGAUGUCACAUGGUAUAAUCUACACUCAAAGGCUUGGAACUCGAUGCCUUCUGUAGAAAACAGAGAUUUACUUGAACUUUUUGUUUAUGAGGAUGAAAUGUACGCUUUGUUCUCAAAAGAGAAGGUAAUAGAUUCCUUCGUUUUUAACUUGUACAGACCGUUCCUUUACAAAAAAGACCGCAUCGUUCUUGCGAAAUAUAAACCAGAUUCCGACUCAUGGGAAGACAUAUUAUCGACUGAUUAUUUGGAUUGGAGAAGCCGUUUUAGUAUUGUGGUCCACGAUAGUUUUAUCUAUUUCGUUAGUGGUAAGGUAUGGUCUGGAAUGUAUCAAAGCAAGCUCGUGAAUGAUGUUGAUAGGUAUGAUCUUCGCAGAAAACAGUGGAACAAACUGGCGGACAUCCAAGUAGCGAGAGAGAGGGCUUGUGGUGCAGCGGUAAACAGAAAAAUAUUCAUUGCCGGAACCCAGGGUGAUAUGCCUAGGGUAAUUCAACUCACGUGUGAAAUGUACAGUGAAGAAACCAACGAAUGGCAGCUGAUUAAAAGCUUCAACAGAUGGACCUCAUUUCGAGGCCUGUUGGCCAUCGAUGAUGAGUUGUAUGUUCUGGAAGAAGACGUUGUGAGCCGGAAUACAAACACUUUUACAAAAUUAUCAGUCGCAUGUUACAACGCUGAAAGCAAUGUAUGGCAACUGAAAACGGAGCUGAAAGUUACCGGAGAGAUGGCCGCUCACUUGGGUGGCUCAAUGACAGUAUUCCAAGGUUUUCUUAGUCCAUCACAGAACAUAUUGUGUUACAAAAGGAAAAAACGAAAAUGCUCUAUCAUGUAA